ACUUGUUCCUUGUUUUAACGACAACUGAGAAAAUGAAGACGAUAAUAGAAUCCUGUGUCUCUGCAAGUGCCACACGUGUGUGUGCCCCUCUGCCUCACACUAAGUAUCCAUGUAAUAACAACAUGUUUGCAACUUGUUCAGCAUCAUCCUCAAUAACAAGAAGACCUUUAUCUCUUUCUCUCAUCUCCACCACUUUCUCUGCAUUCAUCUUCUCACUUCCUCCACCUCCUUCCUCUUCUUCCCCCUCUCCUUCUUCAAAAUUUCCCCUAUCAGAUUUCUUUGAGAUCCCCAAUUCUGGUGGACUCAAGGCUUUGGACCUCCUUGAAGGUUCAGGUGAAGUUCCCUCAGAUGGGGACCAGGUUGCAAUUCACUACUAUGGGAGGCUGGCAGCAAAACAAGGGUGGCGCUUUGACUCAACCUAUGACCACAAAGAUGACAAUGGUGAACCCAAUCCAUUUGUCUUUGUCCUUGGUUCUAGCAAGGUUAUUACUGGAAUUGAGGUGGCAGUGAGAUCGAUGAAAGUUGGAGGUAUUCGUCGAAUCAUCAUACCCCCAUCACUAGGGUAUCAAAACACAUCACAAGAGCCCAUCCCACCUAAUUUCUUUGACAGGCAAAGGCUGUUCACUACUAUUUUUAAUCCAACUCGCCUAGCAAAUGGAGAAGGUUCCACUUUAGGGACACUUAUAUUUGAUAUUGAACUGGUUAGCCUGAGGCAUCUGUGAAGUCAUCAAAUAUGAUCCAGCCAUCAGAAAUCAAAAUAAGAGUUCUUUAUUUUUUUGUUGUGGGGUUCAAUUAGUAACAUUUUGCAUCUACUAGCAUUUAUCAGUUUGUAAAUUGCAGGGUAUUGUUCAUUGUUCAUGAAUCCUCAUGAAUGAUCUUGAUUAUGCCAUGUUAUGAUCAGUAUUUAUCUUUGCCAUUGAUAAGUGGAAUUAAUGUUGACUGCCAUGUUGCUCAA